AUGUGGACUGAGGCCGCAGACGCCACAGACGCCACAGAGCUGCACACUCACAACCUGCCGCUCAGACCAACUCUACUGGAGUGUCUGGACCCUGGCAGACACACACUGGCUCUAAUGUUUAAGAAGAUCUCCAACUACACCACUCCAAGCCCCGACCGCGCUGAUCAGCAGGUGGUUUUCAGGUCAACACUCCCCCCCCCCCCCCUCCCUGCUAACACGACACCUCCACCUCCUCACACCCCCCCCUCCCCACCCGGACCUCCCUCCCAUGAAUCCACAGGCCCAGACGACGUCUCUUCUGCCACAUUGGGACAGUGA